CGAAGCUCCGCGACGAGCAUGAACCCUCCGCAUCUCGCUGUCACUGGAAGUGAAGCGGCGCGCUGGCCAAAUUUGCGCACUCCACCGAACUCACCAGCAAUCGAUCGAACGUACACACUAUCACCAUUGGCGCGUGUUGCUCUUGCGGUCGUGGAAUGCAGAGCCGUGGGCGAACGCGAACAUGGACGGCGACAAUCCCGAAUUGCAGGCGCAGUUGCGCCAACUCGACCAUGAGUUGGAGGAGGGAGAUAUCACGCAGAAGGGCUAUGAGAAGAGACGUACCAUGAUCCUCAGCCAAUACUUGUCUCCCGAGCAGCUGCAGGCGGCGGGCGUGGCGAACGACCGGACCAUGAGCAUGGCUUCGGGACAAGCAGUGCACAACCGCCAGACGAGUUACGGCAGUAUCCAGCCUUCAAUACACGGUCCCGACUACACUGCAUACGCCCCGGACUAUGGCCACGGCAUGCAGCAGCAACAGCAGUAUGCCAAUGCCUACCCACCAAGGCCCGUCACGCCCGGGAGCAUGGCAUCUGGGCCUGUACAGCGAUUUCAGGAACAGCAGUUGGGCAUUCCACCACGAUCAGCACAACGGCAGGCCUCUGGUGGGCAUGGGAGCUUGCGCCCAAUUACUCCUGGCAGCCGGCCGGAGAGUCCGGGCAGCAGGUACAGUGUUGGAUCCGCGUCAGGCACAAUGGUGAACUCCGACUAUGCCUUCAAUCCCAACGAUCCCAAGCACGCGCAACAACCGUGGUCUCCUGAAGGCGCUGGAAGCCGAAUGAGCACCAUGUUGGACUCGCAGCAAGGAUACUUCAGCGACUUCAACAGCAAUCAGAUGCAGAGUGAUGAUCAGAGGAUGAGCUAUGGAGGACCACAGCGCUACAGCAUGGGCGAAGCUUUCUCUCCGACAGCCAUGGUGCCACCGCCUUUGAUGAGCGACGAUAUUUCCAGUGCUCCGAUCCACCAGCUACCCCUCGAACCACGAGACGUGCCAUUCGCAGUCUACGAUCCGCACAACAACAGCAUACCAAUGUCGAAGUUCGACAAUAUUGGCGCGGUUUUGAGGCACAGGGGUAAGAUGCAGGCGCGGCAGCCCGCCUAUUGGGUGUUAGACUCAAAGGGCAAAGAGACGGCCUCGAUAACAUGGGACAAGGUAGCUUCAAGAGCAGAGAAAGUCGCGCAGGUCAUAAGAGACAAGUCCAAUCUGUAUAGGGGCGACAGAGUGGCACUAGUCUACCGAGACAGCGAAAUCAUCGAUUUCGCAAUCGCGUUGAUGGGCUGCUUCAUUGCAGGGGUGGUCGCGGUGCCCAUCAACAAUGUCAAUGAUUACCAGAAGCUCUCCUUGCUCUUGACGACAACGCAGGCGCAUCUGGCGCUUACGACCGACAACAACCUAAAAGCCUUUGCAAGAGACAUUUCGACCCAAAGACUUAAGUGGCCUACAGGGGUAGAGUGGUGGAAGACGAACGAGUUCGGAUCCUAUCACCCCAAGAAGAAAGACAGCGAUGCGCCUCUGCAGGUCCCCGAUCUUGCCUACAUCGAGUUCUCAAGAGCGCCAACAGGUGACUUGCGCGGCGUGGUCUUGUCCCACAGAACGAUUAUGCACCAAAUGGCAUGUUUGUCAGCCAUUCUUUCGACGAUACCGGCUACACAGAACAACGAUACAUUUUCAUCACAUCUCAAAGCUUCGGACGGAUCUUUUGUGGUGCCUCGGCCGGGCAGACAUGAGACAAUAAUGUCUUAUCUGGAUCCUCGAGAAAGCUGCGGUCUGAUUCUCGGCGUGCUUUUGGGCGUGUAUGGAGGGCAUACUACGGUAUGGUUCGAGAGUAAGACGGUGGACACACCUGGAUUGUAUGCGCAUCUCAUUUCGAAAUACCGUGCAACGGUCAUGGUGGCAGACUAUCCGGGCUUAAAGCGUGCAGCGUACAAUUACCAGCAGGAUCCCAUGGCGACACGGAACUUCAAGAAGAACAUGGAGCCAAACUUUGCAAGCGUCAAGAUUUGUCUGAUCGAUAGCUUGACUGUGGACACCGAAUUCCAUGAAAUUUUGGCCGAUCGAUGGCUGAAGCCUAUGCGCAAUCAGCGAGCGAGAGAGUUGGUCGCGCCCAUGCUUGCGCUACCAGAACACGGUGGUAUGAUUAUUUCAGUGCGAGACUGGUUAGGUGGCGAAGAGCGCAUGGGAUGUCCUUUGACUAUUCAGCAAGACGAAGAGGAUAGUGAUUCGGAUCCUGGUAGUCCCACAACGAAUGGCUACACAAGUCUUCUGGACGGCAGCACUGCGAGCAAAAAGAAAGCGCAAAAGACGAGCCGGACAGAACUGAGUGAGGUGCUGUUGGAUAAGGAGAGUUUGAAGACGAAUGAAGUUGUCAUUAUCGCGCUCGGCGAAGAGGCUCGGAAACGAGCGAACGAGCCGGGAACUGUUCGAGCUGGAGCCUUUGGAUACCCAAUUCCCGAUGCGACCCUCGCUAUCGUUGAUCCCGAAGCAAAUCUGCUGUGCGCACCAUACACGGUUGGAGAGAUUUGGGUUGACUCGCCAUCACUCUCUGGUGGCUUUUGGGCGUUGCCUAAACACACCGAAACGAUCUUCCACGCCCGACCUUACAGAUUUGUGGAAGGCAGUCCUACACCUGUUCUGGUCGAGCCAGAAUUCCUCAGAACUGGGCUUCUGGGCUGCAUCAUCGAGGGCAAGGUCUUCGUGCUCGGACUCUACGAAGACCGCAUCCGGCAACGAGUAGAGUGGGUUGAACAUGGAUUGCAAGAAGUCGAACAUCGUUACUUCUUCGUGCAACAUCUGGUUGCCAGUAUCAUGAAGACUGUGCCGAAGAUUUACGAUUGUUCGGCGUUUGAUGCGCAUGUCAAUGGCGAGUAUCUACCGAUCAUCCUCAUCGAAACUCAAGCUGCGAGCACAGCUCCAACGACGACUGGCGGACCUCCCCGACAACUGGACAUACCUUUCCUGGACUCUCUCAGCGAGCGAGUCAUGGAGGUCUUGUACCAGGAGCAUCAUCUUCGCGUGUAUUGCGUGAUGAUGACUGCACCGAAUACACUGCCUCGUGUAAUCAAGAACGGCCGAAGAGACAUUGGCAACAUGCUCUGCAGAAAAGAGUUCGACAACGGCAAUUUACCCUGCGUGCACGUCAAGUUUGGCGUCGAACGUGCAGUACAAAACUUGCCACUUGGCGAUGAUCCUGCUGGCGGGAUCUGGUCGCCCAUGGCAAGUCAGGCUCGACAGGACAUGCUCGCUAUGCACUCUGACAAGCAGUACUCCGGUGUAGAUCAUCGAGAAGUCGUCAUUGAUGAUCGCACGAGUACGCCACUGAAUCAGUUCAGCAAUAUUCAUGAUCUGAUGCAGUGGAGAGUGUCGCGGCAAUCGGAAGAAUUGUCCUAUUGCACCAUCGAUGGCAGAGGCCGGGAAGGGAAAGGCGUCAACUGGAAGAAAUUCGAUCUGAAGGUGGCAGGUGUCGCACUCUACCUGAAAAACAAGGUCAAGGUCCAGCCAGGAGACCACUUGCUACUGAUGUACACGCACUCCGAAGACUUCGUGUACGCCGUACAUGCCUGUCUCUGCUUGGGUGCGGUUGCGGUACCAAUGGCACCCAUCGAUAGCAACCGACUCAGUGAAGAUGCUCCCGCGUUGCUGCACAUGAUCGCGGACUUCAGGAUAAAGGCGAUUCUCACUAAUAAUGAUGUGGAAAGCGUGCUGAAGCAGAAGACUGUUUCGCAGCACCUCAAGCAAUCUGCGCUGAUUCUGAAGGUCAAUCUUCCCUCGACAUACAACACUUCUAAGCCACCGAAACAGUCUCACGGAUGCAGAGAACAAGGCUUGACAAUACGACCGGCUUGGAUUGCGCCAGGGUACCCGGCCGUCAUCUGGACAUAUUGGACGCCGGACCAGCGACGUGUUGCUGUGCAGCUAGGACACAAUACCCUUAUGGCGCUCUGCAAGGUCCAAAAAGAGACUUGCCAGAUGACCUCCACGCGCCCCGUCCUGGCUUGUGUGCGAAGCACGAUGGGCAUCGGCUUCCUCCACACCUGCAUGAUGGGCAUAUUCCUCGCAACGCCCACGUAUUUGGUCUCGCCUGUCGACUUUGCUGGUAAUCCCAACAUUCUGAUGCAGACUCUUGCUAGGUACAAGAUCAAGGACACCUACGCCACCGCGCAAAUGCUGGAGCACGCUAUUGCCCAUGGCGCAGGCAAAGGCAUCAAUCUCAUGGAGUUGAAGAAUCUCAUGAUCUCAACAGAACAGCGACCAAAGACCGACGUGUAUACGCACGUCAGACAGGCUUUCGCGCAGUCUGCUCUUGACAAGACUGCCAUUAACACGAUAUACAGUCACGUUCUUAACCCGAUGGUCGCUAGCAGGAGCUACAUGUGUAUAGAACCGAUAGAGUUAUAUCUGGAGCCGACGAGUCUACGGAGAGGCCUGGUCGUACCAGUCGACCCAGACCAGGACCCGUUUGCAUUACUCGUACAGGAUUCGGGCAUGGUGCCUGUCAGCACUCAGAUCAGUAUUGUCAAUCCAGAGACAAACCGACUAUGCCUGGUUGGCGAGUAUGGUGAGAUCUGGGUGCAAUCAGAGGCUAACGCACAUUCUUUCUAUGGCAGCAAGGAUGCGUUCGAUGCGGAGCGCUUCAAUGGGCAUACAGUCGAUGGUGAUCCGGGCGUACGAUACGUGAGAACAGGUGAUCUCGGAUUUCUUCACAGCGUAAGCAGACCUAUCGGGCCUGGUGGUAACAUGGUGGAGAUGCAAGUGCUGUUCGUGUUGGGUUCCAUUGGCGAGACAUUUGAGGUUAAUGGGCUGCAACACUUCCCGAUGGACGUUGAGUCUAGUGUGGAGAAGUGUCAUCGAGCACUUGUGCGAGGCGGAUGUGCUAUCUUUCAAGCAGGUUCGCUCCUUGUGUUGAUCGCCGAAGUUCGAACAAGAGCUUUCCUGGCGUCACUCGUGCCCAUCAUUGUCAACACAGUCCUUAACGAGCACCAGCUUGUACUUGACAUUGUCGCAUUCGUUGCUCUCGGCGAUUUCCCACGCUCAAGACUUGGCGAGAAGCAGAGAGGGAAGAUAUUGGCCAGCUGGGUCAGCCGGAAGAUGCGAACAAUAGCGCAAUUCAGCAUUCGUGAUCCAGACGCUGAAGGCAGUGUUGGCACUGCAGUGCCCGAAGAACACUUUGCGCGAAGAAGUAGCGCUCAGAGCGGCAACGCUCCCGGUGCAGCCAGUCUACGUCGUGGCGAAAGCUCCCUCCGACAAGUACAAAGUGUCAACCAUCUGGCCGCAGCGGAACCUAUCGCCGAACAGGAUGGCCACUUGACUGUCCAGACCCAACCACGAUCACUAUCAAUGACACAAGCCUCUGCACCCUUCACAGGCGACCCGAACGACGACACACCAACCAACGAACGCAACCCUCACCUAAACCUGAACACGACGCUAGAUUACUCGCCCAUCCAACCCUACAACACAGAAUUACCAGAGCAAUCGCGAUACGCGACCGCGCCCUUCGAUAAUGGAUCACCCGAAUACGAUCGCCGCGAUUCAGAUUGGGAUACCUCUGCCACUUACCAACCUGGUCAUGGCUAUCCCGACUGGCCGACCGAUCACGCGCCCACUAACUACGACUCCGACAGUCCCGUGGAAAUGCCCAAACCACUUGGCCCAGCAUUGCGAGUCACAAAUCGAGGGAGUGGGAUAAGUGAUACUUCUGAUUGGGGCGAGAGCGCGCUAAAGGAUAUGAAUAUUGGGAAGUAGAUAGUACUUUCUGAACCUGGAUAGCGAGCGGCGAAUUAUGCCUUUGCAUGACGAUAGUCAAGAGGAGAGAACAGGAAAGACUACCUAGCAUCGUCUUGUCAGUGAGUGGAGAAUUUUUUCGGUCAUAUGUUUGUACAGAGCUCUGCAUGUAUAGUGGUGGUGGCGGGGUUGUGGUGCAUGGCUUCUGGGAAGAGGGGCACAAGACAGAGAUAUUGGUUAGACGCUCAUGGCGACACGACGUGGACGAAUUGAAUGAAGACUUCCACGAGGCGCUUAACUAGAUGAUGCAAAAUGAAAAUUGGCUUGCUGAACCACCAG